AUGGUAACUCAGACGGCAAGGGCGUCCAGCUCUUCACUCAAUCCCAGAUUCAGUAGUUCAGUGCGAGGCGAACUAACAGGUGCCCAGAGAGUAACGACCGUCCAGCAUGAAGCCAACGGAGGAACUCCCUCUCCUUCUCCCAACAACUCUGAGCCGCAACAGGACUGGGUGGGCAUCAAGCCAGGAGACCACGGAUUGGAUACCGCUUCCACAGAGGCUGUCUUCACUUUGGUGGGAGUAUUUAUCUUGCAGUUUGGGUGCCAUCUAGUGCUUCGCUUCAUACUCUCCACACUGCCAGUUAAACUCCAUGUCCGGGUUCUUGGACAGACCCUGAAUGCUCACAUCGACUUCAUUAAAAGAAUUCAGAGAAGCAUAAUAAUUAAAGAGCGUGAGAGUGAAGAAGACUGUGAUGUUAUUGUGGCUUUCUGCCCUGUCAGCUCUCGAAUUGGAACUGAUAUUGAUGCUGCCAUUGAGAACCUCCCAGAUCACAAGCCUGUCAUUCUGGUAGUGAUGCAUCACACUUACAAUGCUGACUCUGUUGUGGUUGAAAGCAGCAGACUGGUGUACAGAAGCAAUAUACAAUGUACUGUUGACUGUCUGUUCCAUGAAUCUAAGGGAUUGCUGGAAAAUUGUGAAAUCAAUAAUCAAGCUGUUGUAUCAGUCAACAGAUUUGCAUCUGGCAUAAAAAAAUAUACAACACUGGAAAGAAGUCUUCUGUAUUUCUGUACAAAAAUUCCAGGUUUGUUUUGGUUCACGCAAAAGUUUAUUUUGUGGUAAUGUAAUGGAAUACUCAUUAAGGACUUCCAAUACAAUUGUAUUGUCAAGUAAUAAUCAAGAGCUAAAAAAAGCAAUAUAUGAUCAAAUACUUGAGAAGCUUAAAGUGAUCAACAAUAACCAGACUUUAGGGUCAGUGAUAAUUCAUCUUCAUUGAAGUUAGUUAUCUUGAGCAUGUAAAGAAAACAGGAAUAACUUAUGUCAUCACCAUGUGUUGUGUGUUUGUAUACAAGUGAUUUUAAAGAAAAGUAACAGUUGAAAUUACAUUCUACUAAUAAAAAGAGAUACUGAAAAUAAAGCCUCACAGUAAUGUUAUGGUAUCUUUAAACUAGCACACAGAUGUCAUCCUUGCAUCAUGAUCAUAAGAAGAACAUUUAUAGAUGAGAUUUCAAAAUACUUCAGAGGAUGUUUAUACAAUAUUCUGGUGUUUUCCCAUUUAGCAUAUCAUCAAUAUAUUUUAUAAGAUAAAUUAGAAAUACUCAAGCAGUGUCUGGUAAGAUGUUUUGACAGCUCACAAUACCAAACAUACAUGCUCAUACUGUAUAUUGCUGAGUUCUACAAUGUUAUUAUUCUUUUAUACAAAACAGUACUAUUCUGUGCCUUAAAUGUAUGUGCCAAAUGAAUUAUAAAUAAAUGUCUUGUUUGGCCUCUU